GUGUGUGUGUGUGUGUAGUGGGGGGUGUGGGGUGUGGAGCCGAGUUCAGGACAUUGCGGAGUCGCUCUUUUCGCCACAUUACGGUAAUGAAGCGGCCGCGAGCCGCAGGCGCCACGUCAUCCCGGCAACGUCGCCCUGAGCCGGGGAGCAAACAUGGCGGCGUCCGUCAGAGACAAGCAGAUCACUGCUUUAAAGCGAAUGUUAAACUUCAAUGUAAUUCCUGUCAAAAACAGCACCACAGAGGCCGUAUGGAAGAUUCUCAUUUAUGACCGAUUUGGUCAAGACAUCAUUUCACCAUUGCUAUCCGUGAAAGAAUUGAGAGACAUGGGCAUCACGUUGCAUCUACUUUUACACUCCGAUCGAGAUCCUAUUCCAGAUGUUCCAGCAAUAUAUUUUGUAAUGCCAACAGAAGAAAAUGUUGACCGGAUAUGUCAGGAUCUUCGAAACCAGUUCUACGAGUCUUAUUACUUAAACUUCAUCUCAGCAAUUUCAAGAAGUAAACUGGAAGACAUUGCUAGUGCAGCUCUGAGUACUAAUGCAGUAGCUCAAGUGGCCAAGGUAUUUGAUCAGUAUCUAAACUUUAUCACUUUGGAAGAUGAUAUGUUUGUCCUAUGCAACCAGAACAAGGAGCUGGUCUCGUAUCAUGCAAUCAAUCGACCUGACAUCACGGACACUGAAAUGGAGAUCAUAAUGGACACACUUGUGGAUAGCCUUUUCUGCUUUUUUGUUACAAUAGGUGCUGUUCCAAUCAUAAGGUGUCCUCGAGGAAAUGCAGCUGAAAUGGUGGCAGUGAAACUGGAUAAGAAGCUUCGAGAAAACCUACGAGAUGCCAGAAACAGUCUCUUCACAGGAGACACUCUUGCUGGGGGACAAUUCAGUUUCCAAAGACCUUUGUUAGUCCUUGUUGACCGAAAUAUAGACUUGGCUACCCCGUUGCACCAUACAUGGACGUACCAGGCCCUGGUUCAUGACGUCCUGGAUUUCCUUUUGAAUAGGGUCAACCUAGAAGAAACCCCAGGACAGGAAACAUCUCCUGCAGGAGCACGACCAAAGAAAAAGAAUAAGAAAACCUAUGACUUGACGGGUGCUGAUCAUUUUUGGCAAAGACACAAAGGCAGUCCUUUUCCAGAGGUAGCGGAGUCAGUCCAGCAAGAACUAGAUUCUUAUAGGACACAAGAAGAUGAAGUCAAACAUUUGAAAAGUAUCAUGGGGCUAGAGGGAGAGGAUGAAGGUGCUAUUAGCAUGCUUUCUGACAACACUGCCAAACUAACGUCUGCAGUCAGCUCUCUCCCUGAACUGCUUCAGAAAAAGAGGCUCAUUGAUCUCCAUACAAAUGUUGCAACUGCUGUCUUAGAACACAUCAAGACUCGCAAACUAGAUGUUUACUUUGAAUAUGAAGAAAAGCUGAUGAGCAAAUCCACACUCGACAAAUCCCUACUGGAUAUGAUCUCGGAUCCUGAUGGAGGUACCCCUGAGGAUAAAAUGAGGUUGUUUAUUAUCUACUACAUCAGUUCACCACAGCCACCUUCAGAAGUUGACCUAGAGCAAUACAAGAAAGCUUUGACUGAUGCUGGAUGCAACUUGGCUCCUUUGAAUUACAUCAAACGAUGGAAAGCAUUUACCAAAAUGGCAUCAGCUCCAACAAACUUUGGAGGCAGUGGAGUGAAACCAAUAAGCCUGCUUUCACGUGUAAUGAAUACCGGAUCACAAUUUGUGAUGGAAGGAGUAAAGAAUUUGGUAUUAAAGCAGCAGAAUCUACCAGUGACGCGUGUUUUGGACAACCUAAUAGAGAUGAAAUCCAAUCCUGAAACUGAUGACUACAGGUAUUUUGAUCCAAAGAUGCUUCGUGGUAGUGAGAGCACAGUUCCAAGAAGCAAGAAUCCAUUCCAAGAGGCCAUUGUCUUUGUUGUUGGAGGUGGAAAUUACAUUGAAUAUCAGAACCUUGUUGACUACACCAAGAACAAACCAGGUAAACAUGUGAUCUAUGGCUGCAGUGAACUUUUCAAUGCCACUCAGUUCCUAAAACAGUUGUCACAACUUGGAUCUCAAGGCUGAUUCACCUGUAGUCUCCCUGCAUACAUCUUUAUUACAAGGUGAGAAGAAUACAGUGAAGGCGUAUCCAAUACAUAAUAUCACCUUUUCUUUACAUAGUGUUCCAUGUGAUUUCUUGUAAUAUUAUAACUCAUGCAAUUCCAUUUAUUUGAUAACUCUUUGGAUGUAAUUUUGGUAAUUUUUAACACCAACCUGUACAUCAUGUAACUGUACACAUAGUUGAAAUAAAUCUUUAAAAAAGUA